ACACUCCACGCUGCGGCGCGCUUGUUUCUGUGGAUUCUGUCCCACGUGACCGCAGUGAGAGCAAGAAGGAAAAUGCAACGGAAUCAGCUGACAUCAAGUGAAGCUUGCGCUGCCACGCUGUACUGUGAUAACAGGACCUGUGAUGGACUGAUGAUCUGAUGCUCAUCUGUUGAGCAGCACCAACAAUGUCUGUCAACUCCCUGCUGAGAUGCACCAUCAGGCUGGAAAGGAAACACGUGGUCAGACAUUUGGUCCAUCAGAGAGCUCUAUCGGGGGCGGAUGCCGUCAACGCACUCAGACCGUUUUAUUUUGCAGUGCAUCCUGACUUCUUCGGCCAAUAUCCCAGAGAACGGGAAGUGAACGAGAAUUCAUUGAAGAGGCUGAAUGGCUAUUUGGACAACCUGCAGAAGCCCGGCUCCCGCUCAGUUCAGCCGAUGAGGCUAACGUUUUAUGUUCGGGACACAAAGGAGAGCAGCGAUGUGCAGCCGGACCUCCUCGCCUCGGGGUUCAAGCCAGUGAGUUUCACCCUGCACACGAGCGACGUGUUGAGCACGGUGACCGACGUGUUGAGGUCUUGCAGCCUCCCGGUGGAGCACGUGAAGGGGCUGAAAGGGAGCGCAGAGACGCCUAAAAGUGCACCCGGGCCGGGGCGGCCUUUCUACCGGCCCAUCAAGUGGAACAAGAGCUACUACACCUUCACUGGGUUCAGAGACCCCGAGGAGGAGCUGCAGCAGGCCAGGAGGGUGGAGCCGGCACUCAUCUCGUGGCUGAGAAACAACGAGCGCGAGGCGGCGAAGAAGCACAGCGCCAGUCGACCUCGGAGGGAGGAGCUCAACAGACUGAAGGAGGAGCUGUGUCACAAAUUUGAUCUGUCUGACAUCAGGUGGCAGCGGAGCUGGGGAGUGGCCCACCGGUGCUGUCAGCUCCAGAGUCUGAGCCGGCUGUCCCAGCAGAACCCCGAGGCGCUGGUCAACCUGCAAGGACACACUGUUGUGUUUGCUGACCUGUCAGGGAUGAACGCCUCUGGACACAUCAUGCUGGGGACCAUGGACGUCCAUCACCAGUGGACCAAACUGUUUGAGCAGCUGCCCGGCUAUCGCAGCCUGCAGCAGCAGACGGACUGGCUCAAGGAGAGGAUCAGCCUUCUCCUGGGGGGCACUCAGGUGGUCCACGUGGAGAGGCUGAGACCGGUCCAGUCCAUCGGCGAGCACUUCGGCAGCCUCAGCGCCUUCCACAAGAGCCUGGUGUCCCGACGCCUUCGCCUGCACCCCAGAAGCCUGCAGGGGCUCACCAUGCUGUUGGAGAAUGAUCGCUCUAAGCCCAGCCUACACGAGAUGGGCCACUUCAUCAUCCCCACCAGCUCUGACCCUCCCAAGCUGCAGGUCUUCCUCCAGAGCCACGCCCCCGAGGCCAGACAGCGCACCCAGCGCAAAAACCAGCUGCAGGCGGAGGAGGAGGCUGUGGUGAAGCUGUGUCUCCAGAAUCUGUCCCUGAGGAGUCUGUCCAAGGAGCCCAGCGUCAGUCCCAGCCAGAUGAUCCUGUGCUGCAGAAGGCUGGUGGAGCAGCGCUCCCCCCUCAUGCAGGGCCUCCACAUCUGUGUGUCUCACUUCUACUCAGUCAUGCAGGACGGGGACCUGUGUGUCCCCUGGGACUGGAAGAGCUGAGCCAGGAGGGGAGGCAGGAGGAGGAGGGGGGCGCGCCAGUCAGUCCCCCCCUCCCCGGUGUUAGAAAGACGUCUUCUCUUUGUAGCAGUUAGAUGUUCAGACAUCCACAUGAUGCGAUUUCAUACCGGUUUGUUUUCAAGGGAGCAGAAGCACUUUAUCCUUUUUCUGGAGAAGCCAAAUAGGAGAGUUGGAUUGACGGCUAAGGUCAGUGGUUCCCACCCCAGAGGGGGGGCUUCAGUGGAAAUGAAGCAGCAUGAAGUUAUUUUUGUUUUUGUGUUUCUACUCAAACAGUAUGUGAGCAUUUCAGCAAUAAACAUUGAAUGUCUGGGACCUAAGGAAACCAGCCCUUUGUUUAAGGUGGAGGCCUUAACACGGUUUGACAAAGGGAGUCAUUUUCUGAUGUCUGCAAUUAGAAAGACAAAUGGUUCUAUUCAAAAGCCCAAACAUUGGGUCGCAACUCCCGUUUUUAUCCAACGAUGUGUUCUGCUUCAAAUCUGCAUUUCAAAAACGGCCAUUUGGACCGUUCUCCCUCGUUGCACACGGACCACUCAUCAGAGGAAGGAGAUUGGAUUAAAACAUCUGAUGAAUCAUUUCAUUUAAGGGCUUUUAAAAUCCUUUUGUAGGGUGCUGACAUUCAUCUGACACGGUUCAAUAGAAACGAGGAGAGACGGACGUACGCGAGUCCCAUUGACACAACGUAUUGUAAAUACGCAAAACAUUCAAGGUGUCUCCAGCUCAACGGAGUCUGACCCCGGUUCACGUGCACGCUGUGAUGUGCGAUAUUCAACACAACUGAAUGACAAUCAUAUUCUAAACCAUUUUGAAAGAAGUCAUUUCAAUCUGUUUGGACGUUAAGUCUGUUUUUUUGGCCUCCGCUGUGCCUGGAGCGUUGUUUUAUAGACUGUAAAACUAAUAAAUACAACCGUGUGAUUUGUUGUGUGUGUGUUGUAGACAGGAGUUGUAUCCCCUGAUGACAAGAAGAGGCUUCAAAACAAACUAUUCUGUUGUGAGUUUAACACUUGUGAAUAAAAUGUUUGAAUUGAUGUAGAAAUAAUUUCUCCUCA